AUGCUGAAAAUCGUGGUGAUGUCCGUUAACGGGGAAUCAUUAAGCGAGAAUGUACUCGGGAUUCUUCGACCUAUCAAGGACGUAUUGAGAAACACCGUCGGACCUGGGUGCAUACGUACAAAAGCGAACGUCCUCUUCAAGGUUGAAAUCGAGCCAUACCGAGGACAGGAUUUCAAGAACCCCCCAUUGAACCCUUAA